GCCCGCGCCUGGCGGCGGCGGCAGUAGCCGCGCAACCCCGCGGAAUGGAGCGGCGCCGGGGCUGAGCCGGGCGCACUCGGGCCGCCGCAUGUGCCGCGCAGGGAGCGGCAGCCGAGCGGGCGGACAGCGAGCGCGAGGGGCCCCGUCGGAGCGGCCGCCGGAGCAGCGCCGGACAUGGGAGAACAGCCGAUCUUCACCACUCGCGCGCAUGUCUUCCAGAUUGACCCCAGCACCAAGAAGAACUGGGUGCCUGCAAGCAAGCAGGCAGUCACUGUUUCCUACUUCUACGAUGUCACCAGGAACAGCUAUCGGAUCAUCAGUGUGGAUGGAGCCAAGGUGAUUAUAAACAGCACAAUCACACCGAAUAUGACUUUCACCAAAACAUCGCAGAAGUUUGGGCAGUGGGCCGACAGCAGAGCCAACACGGUGUUUGGUUUGGGGUUUUCCUCUGAGCAGCAGCUGACAAAGUUUGCAGAGAAAUUCCAGGAGGUAAAGGAAGCUGCCAGGCUGGCCAGAGACAAGUCCCAGGAGAAAAUCGAGACCUCAAGUAAUCACUCCCAAGCGUCCAGCGUCAAUGGGACAGACGACGAAAAGGCCUCUCACGCAGGUCCAGACACACACCUCAAGUCGGAGAACGACAAGCUGAAGAUUGCUUUGACACAGAGCGCAGCCAACGUGAAGAAGUGGGAGAUUGAGCUGCAGGCACUGCGGGAGAGUAACGCCCGGCUGACCUCGGCGCUGCAGGAGUCCACGGCCAGCGUGGAGCAGUGGAAGAGGCAGUUCUCCAUCUGCAGAGAUGAGAACGACAGGCUCCGCAGCAAGAUUGACGAGCUGGAAGAACAGUGCAGUGAGAUAAACAGAGAGAAGGAGAAGAACACCCAGCUGAAGAGGAGAAUUGAGGAGCUGGAGUCAGAACUCCAAGAAAAGGAGACGGAAUUGAAAGAUCUCCGAAAGCAAAGUGAAAUCAUACCUCAGCUCAUGUCAGAGUGUGAAUAUGUCUCUGAGAAAUUAGAGGCGGCAGAGAGAGACAAUCAAAACCUGGAAGACAAAGUGCUGUCUCUGAAGACAGAUGUUGAGGAGAGUCAGUACCGCCAGCGCCACCUGAAGGGGGAGUUGAGGAGCUUCCUGGAAGUGCUGGAUGGGAAAAUCGACGACCUCCACGACUUCCGCCGAGGCCUCUCCAAGCUGGGCACAGACAACUAGGGCUGGUGGAGACCUGGCACAGAUGGAUCGUGAGUCCCAAGUGCGUGUGACCAAACAGGACUAGGACGUUCUCCCGUUCGCGUUGCUUCUGUAAAUGUUUCCAAACCAGUUGUGCCGUCCACUCUCUCUUCUCCAGCAUAGAAAUCUCCUCUUGCUUCUCUGGCAUUGUGAGGUUGUGGACAACUGGACGAUUCUGACUCAGGAACCCAGAACUAGGUCUACCUUAACGUUUAUGCAGUCAGGGCAGGGAUGUUUAUAUCUUUCUUAAGGGCUGUUGCAACCCUAUGAACUGGAAAAAAAAAAAGUAUUUUCUAGUCCAAGUACCAAUGGCCUUUACAACAGGCCAUUUUGCUCCUUUUAUGACUAGCAUCCAGAGUACAUGGCUGUCCACCAGACUCCAGUCCGUGAGGGCUGUCUUACGGCAACCAUUUCCAGAGACUUAGCAGGAGGCAGAACACGUCUCUGGUGGGCACACAGGAGUCACGUGCCUCCACUGGGCCCCAGUUUGUACGGUUGCGACAAGGUUCCUUCUCUUGGCUUUAAUUUCUGAGCAGAUGCUUGUGCUUCGGGAACAGCAGGCAGUGAGGGUGCCUAGCACAGUGCCUGGCACAAAGUAGGUGCUUAAUAAACAUUUGUUCAA